ACCUCCUGUCCUUUGUUUUUUAAGCAAACUAACCGGAGAAAAUGGAGAACUACGAGAAGGUUCUGUGUUUGGGCCGAGGCGGGUCGGCGGACGUGUUCCUCAUGAGACACGCGGAGCGGAAGAGCCUGUACGCCGUGAAGAGGAUAAAGCYGACGCGGAGGACACAGACGCAGAGAGCCGUCCUCCAGGAGGCGGAGAUCAUCCGGAGGCUGGAGCACCCGCACGUCGUGACGUGCGCCGACGCCUUCGUGAACGCCACCGACGCCUUCGUUUACAUCGUGAUGGACUACUGCGACGGCGGCACCUUGGACGACAAGGUGAAAUCCAGGAAGGCCGAUGAGUUUUUCGCAGAGGACGUUGUCAUGGGCUGGUUUGCACAGGUGACCCUGGCUGUAGAUUACAUCCACACGGCCAAGAUACUACACAGGGACAUCAAAACCUCCAAUGUGCUGCUCACCAAGCAGGGCCUGGUGAAGCUGGGGGACUUUGGCAUAUCCAAAAUGAUGACCCACACUGCAGACUUGGCUUCCACUUGUGUUGGGACACCGUGCUACCUGAGUCCUGAGCUUUGCCGGGACAUCCCGUACAGCUCCAAAUCAGAUAUUUGGGCCCUUGGUUGUCUCCUGUAUGAGAUCUGUGCUCUCAGACCCCCUUUUGUGGCAACAAACCUGCUGAGUCUGCUCCGUAAGAUCACUGCGGGAGAGUAUAACCCAGUGCCAGACAUAUUCUCAGACAGCGUUUCCUUCCUGAUCUGCUCCAUGCUCAGUUUGGAUCCAGAAAGCAGGCCCAGCGCCAACUGCAUACUCAAAACUGCCAGCGUGCAGAAUCAUCUUCGGCCUCUCGAGGACCAGCGGACAGGCUGUAGGGGUGAGAAUCGUGCAGAUGUUGACACGCCGCUGGUGCCCAACGACCUCAGUCAGAAAGAACCUGGAUCUUCAGAUGAGGAGGAAGAAGAGGCUUCCUGUCCGAGUGGACAAAACAGCGAUCUCUAUUCUGAAGAUUUUGAUGAAAGUGRAAGUUUAUCUUCAUUAGACGAAGUCAGCAAGCCCUUGGAGAGAAGUUCUGCUGAGUCGGUUGAGGAGGUUGAGUACCCAGAUGAUUUUGAGGAAGAGGAGGAAAAUGAAGACCCUGAAGCCGGUGUGGAGUCUACUGCUGGUCUUCAGCAGCCACAUGACGAGACGAUGGAAGAGUUUCAGCUCCGAGAUGCUGGAGGACUGACCAUCACUCUGAAAGCACUGAAGGAAAAGGGUCCGGUCCACCCUGGCCUGGCCCUGAUCGCCCCUACCAUGUUCAUCCCUGGCUCUGCCUUGAUUGCUUUUGCAUAUGUGGGCACCGUUGUCAUUGCAAAGACCUUCGAGGCUCACAUGAAUGAAUGA